AAGCGCUAAAUAAAUCAAAUUGACAGAUUUAUUAAGGGUACAAAAAGAAUAAACAUAGGCAAAUGCAAAGACGAAUGAAAUCUGACAGCUCUCUGAUUGAAGUGGAGGCUCCAUUAAACCGCUAGUCACGGUCACGUGCUCUGAGCUGUAAUUCAUUAUUAAGUUAAUAAGUUCGUUCCUGAAAUAUUGUCUUAUCUCCGUAUACUUUUAGCAGUUAAAAUGGCAAAUAACGACACAGAUACUUCGUGGAAAACAACUGUUAUUGUCAGCACUUCCCUUCAGAAUAAUGAAAUUACAGGGCUGCUUUUAGCACAAGAACACCUACUUCGUUAUUCAGACAGUAUUGAACCCGGGACACUGGUCUUUCCUCUCUCAGGUGUGGCUUUUAUGCUGAUCACCACAGAGGAGUUUCCUGAAACGGGGUGUGAAGAAUUCUUUAACAAGAUUGAAAAGUUCAUCCAGGUCCACAGGAACAGCUUUCUUUUGCUCCAGGCACCAGCGUAUGGCGCAAGAGAAUUGAAAAUUGUGUCUGAACUUCAGAACAGGUUCUUUGGCAGUAACCUCAAAAUCUUACCUGUGCAUAGUAAUGGAGAGACUGUCAAGGGAGUGGUGACCAUCGCUAAAGCCACAAGUAAACCACACAUGGAUAGACUGCAGGAGCGGAUGCAUUCAGCUCGAGCUGACAUCAUCAAACGAAGCCAUGAAACUUUCUUAAAGAACUUGGACAUUUUUAAGGGAUCUCCUCUAUCCGGAUGACAAGACUCUCCAUCAGAUCAUAUGUAACAAGUGCACACUGUAGUACCUGUAAUUACAAAAUAUGUCCAUUUUUAUCUACACACUCACUAUAUUAAGGCUUAAAUCACAAUAACUCACUGUACUAAGGAUAUUAGGAGGACGAUGAUUUACCUUCUCCUGUGCCUCACUUGGCAUUCCACCUAGCACUUUGUUUUUCACAUAUUGAACUGAUUUUUUUCCUGAGGCCUCUUUCAGUUCUAGAGAUAAAAAGGUUAAGAAGAUGUUGUUCUUUACUAUAAAAAGCUACACUUAUCAUAAAAACAGUUACUAGCUGAAAAUAAAGUAGAAUAAUAAUAACUGGAUAUGAGUUUUAUAAUAGAUGGAAAUUGCCAAUAGUUAAAAUGUUAAAAAUGAAACUCUCUUACCUCUCACUUUGACCUUUUUGUCCUCAUGAAGUCUCUUUAGUUCUGACCCAUAGUAUGAUUUUGACAUGGUGAGACACACACGCAGGAUUUCUAUGUAGCUCUCAGCAAUGUCACAAAGGUCUGUCCAAAUACCUGUCUAAAAAAAAUACACCUGGACAUCCCAU